AUGGCAGACUUUGAUGAAAUUCUUAAAUUUGUUGGCGAGUUUGGUCUCUUUCAAAAAUUCAUGUUGCUUUCAGUCUGCUUGCCAAGUAUAGUAUUGGGGAUGCAGAUAUUUGUGCAAGUCUUUACUGAUUUAGUUGUACCCCAUCACUGUAAUACUAGCUGGAUAUUAAACAUAAACCCAAAUAUAAGCAAAGAAGAGCAACUGAGUUUAACCAUUCCAAAGAAACAGGAUGGCUUCUAUGAAGAAUGUUGGAUGUAUACUCCUGUGCACUGGGAUAUUGACUUAAUUAAAAAAUAUGGCAUCAAUUCGACAACUGAAUGUCAGACAGGCUGGGAAUAUGACACAUCCGAGGAUAUAUACACAACUGCAAGUGAGUUUGACCUAGUAUGUGAGAAAAGAGGAUUUACUGUCAUUUCUCAAUCUGUUUACAUGGGUGGUCUUCUUGUGGGAGCACUUUUAUUUGGCCCAUCAGCAGACAGAUUUGGUCGCCGUCCUUUGGUUCUGCUGUCAGUAUUUCUGAAUGUGGCUUUUGGUGUUGGAAUGGCAUUUUCACCAAAUGUCUAUGUACUCACUGCCUUGAAGUUUGGUAUUGGAACAACUGUCUCUGGGAUCUUGAUAAACACAUAUGCAUUAGUCACAGAGUGGUCUGGAAUUACUCAGAGAGCACUUGCUACAAUUAUUAUCCGCAGCUGCUUUGCAAUUGGGCAGAUGAUUCUGGCGGGAGUAGCUUAUGCCAUUCGUAACUGGAGGAUGUUGCAGCUUGCUGUAUCUCUCCCCAUGGUAAUUUUUGUGUACUACAUAUGGACUCUGCCCGAAUCAGCAAGAUGGCUUCUAACACAAGGAAGGAAUGAAGAAGCAAAAAAAUACAUCCUACAGGCAGCCGCUAUAAAUAAACGGACUGUACCUGAAGCAGUACUUCAGAAGCUGAAGGCCAAGUCGAAUACGAAGACGGGCACAAUCUUAGACCUCUUUAGGAAGAGCCACUUGAGGAUGAUUACAUUAAUCACGUCUUAUAUCUGGUUUGUUACCAGCCUUGUGCAUUAUGGGCUAUCCCUAAAUGUUGGCAGUUUUGGUGUGGACAUUUAUCUUACACAGUUCAUAUUUGGUCUUGUGGAGCUACCAGCUCGCUUGGGAUGCAUAUUUCUCUUGGAAAAGUUUGGAAGGAAGAUAUGUCAGGCCUUCUCUUUAAUACUGGCUGGUUCUGUUUACUUACUUAUUAUUGCUGUCCCAAAAGAUAUGCCUACUGUGACAACAGUGCUUGCUGUUAUUGGAAAAUUUUCCAUUGCUGCUUCCUUUUCUAUAUGCUAUGUUUACGCUGCAGAAUUAUUUCCAACGGUUGUCAGACAAAAUGGUAUUGGUUUUAUUUCUAUGGCUGCACGAUUGGGUGGCAUGGUUUCUCCUUUGGUUUGUCUUCUGGAAGAAUAUCAUUCUGCUAUACCCCUGGUGAUUUAUGGAAGCACACCGGUGCUUGGAGGACUGUUGUGUUUUUUCUUACCUGAAACACAGAACAAAGAACUACCAGAUACAACAGAAGAAAUAGAAACAACUCAGAGGCCCACAAUGCUUACCACUGAGUGCGAUGAAAGGGGAGAUCUUCAUUCACAAGAAGAAACCACAAAAUCAGAGCUUAACACUCGGUUUUAG